AUGGUUCCCGGCAAGUCUAGCCGCUCUAGCCGUCCAAAGCCGUCCGAUGUUGCCUUGGAUACGAAACGCAAUUUCAUUCCCCUACUCAAUGCGAACUACGCUCACAUCUAUCCGCCUUUUUCGGUUCUAUAUAGAGAGCCUUUGCUGCAGCUGCCCGUGAAGCGGCAGCCCAGUAUACGCCCGCCCUCGUUCCAUAUCGAGUACGGUGACCCCGUCGAGAGAGCCAUAGAGUAUGCACUCCUGGCCACGCAAGAAAACGAGCGUAAAGGUGGCCCUCGAAUUCGCAUCCCAUUUAUCUGCGCCGCCAAUGAGCGUAGACCUGGAGGCGACUGGGAAAUCGGCUCGCUCCUCUACGAAGAGAAGCUCUGCAGGCGCAGCAACCUAUUUGCAACCCUCUCAACGCCGCUACCGCAGACCAGGGAGGAGAGCAACUACCCCAUUCCAACCAUGGGCGGUAUAUUUUCCGACGCAGUCGUCGUCUGCCGCGGACCUCAUGACCGCUAUGAGAAACUCGACCGCUGGUACGACCUGCCUGUGCUGUCGAUGCCGCCAACUCGCUGGCCAAGACUGAAAGACAACGGAACAUCGUACUCAUUCGACGCGGAGCGCCAGCAAAUGAAAGACAAGAUCCGCGGCGCUCUACGAAUCUGUCACUAUAACGGCUACGAUCGCGUCGUCGUGGGCGAUUUCGGCCUGGGCAACGGCUGCCGCAAUCCGCCACAGCAACUGGCUGAGAUUUGGCGUGAGGUCCUCCUCUUCGACCCAGAACUGCGCGGUCAAUUUGAAGACGUCUUCUUUAUCUUUGAGGACCCCGACCUGAAUACUAGACGGUGCAUCAUCGAGGAACUGAUCAAGAAGGAGCAAAAGAGCAGGACCAAGUCGAGGAGUGGCGGCGUCGAUCUGCGAUCGCUGCUGAGGGACGCGCCUCCGGACAUGGUCACCUUCCAACGUGUGUUUGAUGCAGACGAGAUUCAGCGCGUCAUCAGCGAGCCAGAUCCUCGGUAUGGUCUCCAGAUGAUUACCGGCUGA